GACGAAUUCAUGAAAAAAUUCGCAGAAACUACAGGCGAAUUGCGUGAUACACUACGGAAAUUGGACCACGAAAGCAAAAGCAAGAGCGUAGAGCUUCCAUCUGAAACAACUCCCAUUGCAGAAGAUGAAGACUCGAAGAAUCUCUUAAAUACUGUUGCGCAAAAGUUGGAUGAAGCCAAGGAUAACGUUAUGGAGAAGGUUAUGGAAGCUAAAGACUACGUGAACCAGAAGUUGGAAGAUAUUACAGGAGGGUAG